AGCUUCCUUGUGAACCUGCUGCUGCGCUCGUGUAAACUGAUCCCAGAACGGUUUCCAGCUGCAGGAGACCAGCGCGGUCCGGUUCGGGCUGCUGCCGCUGCGCGGGUGCUACAGGGUCAGAGAACAGGUUCGGUGGACACCGUGAUCCUCUGAAGGAACCGCUAUGAUUGGACAACAGGUAUCAGCACGGUACCGGUGAAGUUACCGAACCGCCUCCAGCCCGGGAUGUCCGAGGGAAAGAGCCCCACUCACCGAAGCAGCUCCCGGGCUUCCUCACUGAGAACUCCCGCUGACCGGAUGGUUCCGCCGCCAUGAGUCGGGCUCUCCUCCUCCUCGCUUUCUGCCUCUCUGCUCUGAUUGACUGCCGCUCAUGCGCUGACUCAGAGGAGCGUUUAAUGAACUGGCUGUUGGGAAAGGAGCGCUACAACCCGCUCAUUCGCCCGGCGGUGAACAGGUCCGAGAGAGUCACGGUCACAAUUCAAGUGUCUCUCGCCCAGCUCAUCAGCGUGAACGAGCGAGAACAGAUAAUGACCACGAAUGUUUGGCUCACUCAGCACUGGGUGGAUUACAGGUUAUCGUGGGAUCCUGCGAGGUACGAAGGCAUCGACAAGCUGCGUAUUCCAUCCAGACACAUUUGGCUCCCAGAUAUUGUUCUGUACAACAACGCUGAUGGAACGUACGAAGUAACAGUCUUCACCAACGCCAUUGUCCUUUUCAACGGCAGCGUCAACUGGCUUCCUCCAGCCAUCUAUAAGAGCGCCUGUAAGAUUGAGGUCAAGCACUUCCCCUUUGACCAGCAGAACUGCACCCUUAAGUUUCGCUCGUGGACGUACGACCACACUGAGAUCGACCUGAUCUUGAAGUCUGAAGUGGCCAGUAUGGAUGACUUCACUCCUAGUGGGGAGUGGGACAUCUUGGCACUGCCAGGUCGACGAACUGUCAACCCUCUGGAUGCUACAUAUGUAGACCUCACAUAUGACUUUAUUAUCAAGAGGAAACCUCUUUUCUACACCAUAAACCUCAUCAUCCCGUGUGUUUUGAUCACCUCUUUGGCCAUUCUGGUCUUCUACCUACCGUCAGACUGUGGAGAGAAGAUGACGCUUUGCAUCUCCGUCCUUCUCGCUCUCACCGUGUUCCUGCUUUUAAUCUCAAAGAUUGUUCCUCCCACCUCACUGGAUGUACCUCUGAUUGGCAAAUACUUGAUGUUCACUAUGGUGCUGGUGACCUUCUCCAUCAUCACCAGUGUGUGUGUGCUCAAUGUGCACCAUCGCUCUCCCAGCACCCAUACGAUGCCCUCCUGGGUCAAGCUGGUAUUCCUUGUUAAACUGCCUGCUUUACUCUUCAUGAGACGCCCUCACAACUUCUCUGCACGCCAAAGACUGCGUCAGCAGCGGUGCCUACAGGCAAGGAGAACCAUUCUGGGUCGUCAAGUAGCUCCAAAAUCAGGUUUCACCUUGUCUUCUUCAGCCCUGCUGUCCUCCGACUCGGCCUUCUCCACUCCAGGACACAAAAAUGUUGCUUCACCGAUGGGACACAGCCACACCAACAGGAAGCUGGACUCGAGGUCCUCUGAUUACCUUUACAGCGGCUUCACCUCCACCCAGGACCUCCAGCAAAGAAGCAGCUCAGAUUGGGCCACCGACGUCCGGGAGGCAGUGGAUGGGGUGCGCUUUGUGGCCGAGCAUUUGAUGGGAGACGACGAUGAUCAGAGCGUGAUAGAGGACUGGAAGUAUGUGGCCAUGGUGGUGGAUCGGAUGUUCCUGUGGAUCUUUGUGAUUGUGUGUGUGGUCGGGACCCUGGGCUUGUUUCUCCAACCUCUCUUCCAGAGUCAGAUUGUUCCCAACCAGCAGCCCGUUCCAGAGACACCUCGCAUAUGAUGAACACCUUCUGCGCUUCGGCUCAAGCUCAGACGAGAGAGAGACGGUGUGUUCCUAUGAGAAGACACCAAGUGAAAAAUAAAGUCUCAAUGUUUGCUGUAUAAGUGUAUGGCUGUCCGUUCAAGGGAAGAAUGAAGGAGAAACCAGUUAAAAUCAGUUUUUAUCUCAGUAUAACAGAAACUUUGUUUAUUUAUUAUUAGUUUACAACAAAGUAGUUGUUAAUCGUAGGGUCCGAUUCAUAAAAUAAACAAUGUCAACCAUGGAAAUGAUAUUUAUGACAUAUUAAAAUGGUAAAAAUGAAACUGGUUAUAUUGAGUUUCUUAACAAGAUAAAAGGAACGUUUGCUGUGAAGAACAUCGAUGUUAACGUCUCGUUACGGCGCGAUGGUCCGUAACGGUCGAACAGCAACGCUCUGCAGGAUGUUGGGAGGCGGGGCGUAACGCACCUUUUGUUGGAGCGCCGGUCUCUCUGUAAUUCUUAAAACAUCAAGAGCUGGAACAAGCUCAGCAGAAGUCACUGUUUUACUGUCACCAUUGUUAUUACGAGAAACUCGUUAAAACAAGGUUUAAAACCCAGAGAGACUUCAACCUUAUUUAAACGUAUUCACUGGAAAACAUGAUUGAGUCAGAAACAAAUGUUAACAGAAAACAUGUCGACCUAAAGGGUCUGAUGCUUACGGAGGCUGCACACAGCCACAGCUGCAAAAGCAGUAGUUCAAAGGUGUGUUUAGUUGUUGUUUAACGCCUAAUUUUCCUCAUUGGUGCACCACGUUACGGACAAAAAUAAUAAAGACACAACUCUUCUCUUUUAGUCUGAUUAACUGUCUAAAUGUGCCAAUGAAGGUC